GCGGUGUUUUGCGUUGUGGCACUGAUUUACAUGAGUUCAGGAAGUACUGCGGCACUUGGCUGUUGAAUAUGAUUCUCUUAAAACUGCUUAUGUUCACUCUGACUUUCUAUGAACUCGUUCAUUUGGAUGCUAGUGAAAAGAUUUGCCCAAAAGGUCAAAGAGUGGGUCAAAAUGGUCGUUGUGUCACCUGCCAUAAGGGAACUUACCAGAUCACGAAUAAUUACUCCGGACGGUGCCAGGGAACUUGUACAAAGUGUGAUGAAGAAUCUGGGAGCUUUACCAUAAAGGAGUGCACGGAAGAGAAUAAUGCAGAAUGUCAGUGCCGUAGUGGAUUUGUUCCCAGCGACAGCGAUUAUUCCACUUGCAGAUGUGAUAUUGGAUUUGGACUAUCUAUUAACAAUGGACGUAAAGAAUGUUCAAAAUGUGAACAUGGAUAUUUCAAUGCACGGAUCAACUCACCCUGCAAAAAAUGGAAAGAAUGUAAAUCAGUACGAACCCCUGGAACCACAAAGUCGGAUGUCAUCUGUAAUAACACUUAUGCCACUACACAACCUACACCAACCAAAACAAUUUCUAUAAUUAAACUCCUAACAUCGCACCGUCCACAAGAGGGGACUGAAAAUCAGAAGAUACAUUCUACCACCACCACCACCACUGCCACCACCACUAAAUCAUCAUCUGCCUCAGGACAUCCUGCCACCCCAAAUGACAAAGUGCAGCCUUCCUACCCUUCAACUACUGGAAACUACAUUGGUAUGGCCCUCCUCAUAUUUGGAAUUGCUGGGCUGCUUGUACUGACCGCUGUGACCUGCAAGCUGCACAUUACUCCUUACCUUGAGAAACAACCAGCAGAAGCAAAAAACGAGUCGUGCCGGAGGCCUGUUGAGGAGAGCGGCGAUGGCAGUCUGUCCCCUCUCAAACCGAACGCAGAAGAGCCCUAAGGUGAAGCUGUCUGUCAACUUGUACUGAAAUUUCAAGAUCAUGUAAUCAUCUUAUGAAUAAUAUCGGACCAAUCGGUUCUAUUUUCCUCAUUUUUUAUUUUAUUUUACUUUUUGUUGAAAAUACAUCAGAAAAACUAUUUACUGUAUCUGUGUUAUAACAGGUCUGGAGUUUGGUCAACAUUUGACUUGACAGCCCACUGACUCGACUUUAAGAAAUAUGAAUAUGAAAUAUUUGUAUGUAUCAUACCUCACCUCUUGUCAUUUAACUGUAAGUCAGUUAAAGCUAAGUAGUAAGGUUUUACUACUUAAGGGGUCAUGCCUUCUUUAGUAAGACAGUUUAAUUGAUAAUUCACUUUCUCUGUAAUCUUUGUAAUCUUGUAAUCUCUAAUAUUUAUCACAAAUUGGGACCUACGUUAUCAUCUUACUAAAUGCCUUAAAGCAAGGGUUCCCAAACUCUUCCAUGCCAAGGCCCCCCAAAUAGCAUUAGCUUAUGGCCGGGCCCUCCCUAACCUUUUGCUAGAUGUCUUUAAAAACCCAUUGACAAUACUAUAGCAAAUGUAUAAAAACAACUUCUGAAUACUUUACUUUUGUUAUUGCAAUGCUAACUACAUUUGUAUUUAGAUUGUUUAAUCAUCAUAUUCAAUAUUUCUUUUUUGUGUGUGUGUGUCUGGGUGUAAGAGUAUCCAAGUGUGUAUGUCUGGUUGGGGGGUGGGCUUGGCGGCUUCUGGCGAAAGAGGGAAGGCAUCAUAGGAAUCUGAGCCAGGAUGGAAUAGUCCUUUCUUACAUGCAGGCAGUAGUUAGGGAGGGAAAGGGCCUCAAAUGUCACAUCUCACUCAGCUUCUCCUGUGACUUUAAGUCAUGACUCAGACUAAACCAGGGGCUCAGGGGUCUUUAACUCAGUUUAGAUGGGCGUUUUCAAGGUCAGGGACUCCUAAUAGACUGGAUCAGUCGAGAGAUGCUUGUAUGUAUACCCUUAUAAUGUGAUCUGCAUCACUGAGGCAAGUGAUAAGUUUCUGAGAAAUAUAUAGUAUACCAGUGAUCCAAACUAUUAUGAACUGCUGGAGAGCCUUAGAAAAACAUUUUACUUUAUGCAUGUAAUCUCUCUGUUUCUAUUUUUGUCAUGUUUUGUUUAUUCCAUUUUGUUCCACUGGUAGUGGGUCUGUUAAACUGAGAACAGUAAAAAAAAAAAACAUGCUUUCAUGCUGAUAUGUGGGGUUGGGGAGGUCCCCUAGUAGCGCUAAAUGUGUCUCUUUUUCCCACUGAGAGAUACUUUCGCUCAUGUUUUCAUAUCAGCCUUUGGAAAGAUUGAUGUAAAUGUGAGGACUUUCAUGUUGUUUAUACUUCACUGGAGUUUUUCCCAGAUCAGUACACUCAGAGGAGUUAUGAAAGCAUGCCCUCAUUACUUUUAUUCAUUUGUGUUUUGCUCAGAGAUCAGAUACACAAGCUUUUAAUUCACAGGUGGCUUUUUGUGGCUGUGUGACUAUGCACGUGGAAAAAGCUGCAGCUUUGUUCCAACUGUUUGAUAUUACUGUUUUAUAUUAUUAGCAGUCAAAAGUACUUAAAAUAUCAAAAGUACUCGUUUUGUAAAAUAAUUGAUUAUAUGUUAUAUCAUAUACUGUAUAAUGUUGUAGUUAACUAUAAUGCAUCAAUAUGCAACCAGCAUUUUAGUGUUGACACUGUUAAAGUGGAACUAGUUUCAACAUUCACUGGUUCUCAGUCUAUAGGUUGGGCCCCUCCCAAAGGGUCCAGAGAUAAAUCAGAAAUUUAUUUUUAGUUUUUUAACUUCUCUAUAUAUUUGUUGUGAAAUACUUUAAACAGUCUAUAGUAUAGUAUAGUAUAGUAUAGUAUAGUAUAGUAUAGUAUAGUAUAGUAUAGUAUAGUAUAGUAUAUAGUAUUUAAAAUAAAUAUGAGUUUUUAGAGGAAUAUAACAACUCAUAGACAUAAACUCAUUCAUUGCAUAUUUUUAUGUAAAAUAUUCACCUGAAAAGUAUCAGUAACUACACUGUAUCUGUCCAUUAAAUGUAGUGUAGUAAAUAAUACUACUAGUAAUGCUCAUUAGGAACAAGUUCCUAAAAACUGUUUUGAAGAACUUUCUGUUUCCUCUCUGACACUUGUUCUCUGUUUUCAAAGUGCACUGCGAUGUCCUGAGAGUGUGUGAAUAAAGAUUUCCUAAAUAAACAUGCUUUUUUUGUACAACUAA